AGACAGAGGCCCGCAGCUCCAACGAGGAGGCCCAGAGGGAGCCAGAAAACCCUCCACAGGACAGCCUGCAGCUCAUGGCCGACAGCACUGCUGGGGCCCGGAGGCGACAGCUGCUGCCCCGCUACCCCCCUGGCCUGGUUCCUGAGCUGUCCCCAGGAUCCCCAGUCCUGUUUUCUCCCCAGGUGCCUUCCUCAGGAAUGCCUCUGUUCUCACCCUGGGACCCCAACUAUGGUGCUAAAGUGAGACCUCAGCAGGUGUGGGCAUCCGGCAGUGGGCCAGGUAUAUCCUUCUCAGGCCGGACACUGUGUCACCCCUCCUUCUGGCCCAUCUAUGAGGCCUGGGGCAGGGGCCACAGGUAUCAGGCCCCUAUCCUAGGCCAUCAGAACAGACAGCAGGCACCCAGGGAUGCAGAGUUACCAGUGAUGUACCCUGAAGAUAUCUUUUUCUUGGACCCUCUGCUACCCCCUGGGCAGCGAGUUCCCUUGUACCUGUCUGAGGUCCCUCAACAGGUCAUAAAGCUGCAGCUCCCAGCUCCUAUCAUGUCGUCCUCCGUCCACCCCUCCCAGCCCAGGAGCUACUGCCUGACCCAGCUCAGUGGGCCGGAGCUGAUCGCCGUCACUGGUCUGCUGCAGAUGAGCCAGGGGGAGGCCAGACCUGGCUUCUUGGCAGCUCCUCCAAGUCAUGCUGGCCCUGUAGAGCCUAUCUCUGACCCCCAGAGCUCUUCAGGAAGCACUGAUCCAUCUCUGCCUAGGACCCCAGACACCCACUGUCCAUAGCACCUCAGGGGCAGAGUGCCGGCCCCUAAGCCCCUGUUGAUAAUAAAACU